UGAACUAUUUAUUUUGCAAAAACAGAAUAAAUUUUAAGUUUCCGGCUGAAAAUAAAAGGACAUAGCAAUCCUUUAUGACAAACCUUCUCUACAGGAUCAUGUAAGGUGAACGUUCUGAAAAAGGUUUGAAGCACGGAAACUUCGAAACUAUAUCUCACUGGAAAGGCAAGGGUGACGUUCAACCUCAUUUUGCAAGUAUUAUACUAAGAACCUUAUUAUAUAAUUGAAUUGACGAAAACGAUUUUGACAGAAAGUCUGCAAAAGAUCUCUCGUUCACCAAAAACACCUCGUUUUGAUAACGGAAGGUAAUGUGUUAGGAUAACAUUAUUAUUAUUACUAUAUUCUCGUCGACAACGAGGAUAGCGGACCAUACUUUGGUUAAGGAUUCAUAAUAAUUAUUGUUUAAGAUCUUGCCUUGUUAUCGUUGCAGUUAUAAUUGAAUUUGACAAUUACUUUAAAUAGUUACAGGUGUUCAUGCAAACUUGUCAUUGUUGCAGAUGUUAGGAAAUAUGUAACUGCGGAAAAGAGUGCGCUGUCGUCAAGUGGGUUUGAUGUGACAGUGGGCACUAGAGCAAAAUUUCACGAGACGCAUUUCUAGUAGUUGACACAAGAGGCUUAAAAGACGUAAAAAAUCCUAAAAUGACUUCUGUAGAACAAGAACGUUGCUUUAAUUGGCCAGACACCAACCAGCUCACAAAAACCGAAUCAACAUCAAUGGCAAUCUUAUUUGCCCUUUUUGGAAUCGUGGCGUUUGCGAUUAAUGCUGUCGUCUUGAUUUGCAUAGGCAAAUACAAACGCUUGCAGACUAAAUCGAAUCUACUAUUGGCCAAUCUUGUUGUUGCAGAUCUGAUGGUGGGAAUAACAACCCCAUUGAACGUCCUGGUUUACACACGUGGCUCACGACUUUCAUGCUUCUUGCAACAUGCGUGCGGAUUUCAAACAUGCUUUUUUUGCAUUGCAUCUAUAUUGCUACUUGUCGUUAUCAGCGUCGAAAGAUACGUGCAUAUAGUCCGGUAUCACAAAUACCUUGCUAUUUUCACGACCAAACGCACACUUUUCAUGGCAGGUUGUGCCUGGGUGCUUUCGGGCGCGCUUUAUGUAAUCUACCGGUUUAUCAUUGGUUUAUACUUCCAUAUUGUCUUGCUCUGUGUCACAAAUUUUGUUUUACUCGUUAUCAGCUUCUGUUACUGGAAAAUCUUCAGAAGAGUUCGAGAAAGCAACAAAGCGUUGGCAAACCAUGGAAGCGCCCAACCAAAUUUACCAAAUACAGCUGGGAAUAGAAACCACUCUGGACAAGUGUACCCAUUAACAGCAGCUUAUGUUGGCAAGCCAGGUGUGACUGAAGGCGGGUGCGAUGUGAAAGUAAAAGAUUUUGAAACGAAGGUAUCAACAGUCAGGCUCGAACUGCAGGUGAAAGAUUCACCAGAGGUGCGGCCCAUACCAGAAAAAGCAAAAUCAUUAAGCACAAUGCAGAAGCACUACCAAAUUGCUAAGACAAUGGCGGCCAUUAUCAUCGCAGCAACAGUCAGCUGGGCUCCCUUUAUGACCAUCUCAUUUAUACGAAGUUUAGAGAUGUAUAUGACAAAGGAGCAAGAUUCACAUGCAUCUCUAUAUCACUGGUUUUUGCUGCUGGGCUUUGCCAACAGUGUCAUGAACCCUUUAAUAUACAGCUGGCAAAAUGGAAAUGUCAGGGAGGCGAUGAAAAGUCUAUUCAGAUUCGGUAAUCGCAGAAGUAUGGUGGUGGAUUUGCAUGCUCCUAGUGCCACGGGAUAUGUAUCGAAAGGAUACCAGUAA